GUUGCGAUAAGCCCAUACGAAGCUCAUUUACACAUUUCAGAAAACAUCUAUUAUGUUUUUGUGCACUCUUGGUACGUCAGAACAAAGUUAUCAUUUGACAACAAAUUAAAAUAUACUGGAGAACAGAAUUGAAAACAUUGACAUUGACUAAACUUAAGGAUAAGAUGGUAAAUAAUGAUUGUGCUGGAGAUCCGAAACAAAGAAUUCUAAUGUCGCUUUAAGCGUCCUUAGUUAUUACGUUAUUUCGUUGCUAGACAAUGGAAAAGAUGCAGGUAAAAAUGCGGUUUAGAAUUGAAGAACAAGAAGUCAUAAUGUGUCUUUUAUCUCAGUCAUCAUCGGCAAGUUCUGGCGGAUCACGGACACAGCACAAGCUAACAGAGAGCACGCUACUCGCAUUACCCCACGAUAGAAAAGCAUGCAAACCGACGAGCGAUCACCUGCACUGAAAGCAGACACCGACAACAUAUUCCCUUGCCCAUGCAGUGCCUGUGUUUCAAGGAAAGAUUUUAGCAGUGAGGCAGCUCUACUGGCGCAUCCCAGAGAGACAAUGUCGAGGCAUCACCGAUUAAUAGGCUUUGCUGGUCCACCGAUUCCUAUGUUACCUUAUUCUCAAAUCCCGAGUUCUCCAGCCCGCCUUUUGAUGCCGUAUGGAUUACACAGAGCGCCAUAUCAAAGAGCCUUGUUUGCCUCAGACACCCGUUACAGAUCGGGAGGUGUGCAAGAAAUUCCCAAACAAGAAGCCUUUCGAGAAAGCCAUCUCAUUCAGACUGAAUCCUUAACGCCAAAUCACGAUGCUUCUCGGAGAUACUGGGAUCGACCUAACCAUAUAGGUCCGCACGAGAAAUCACGCCGAAUGCGCACCGUGUUCUCUCCACAACAGCUCGACAGAUUGGAAAGACAUUUCAAGAAUCAGCAGUACGUUGGAAGUGCCCAGCGGAUUUACAUCGCAUCGCAACUCGGUCUUUCGGAAACCCAAGUCAAAGUUUGGUUUCAAAAUCGGCGAAUAAGGUGGAGGAAGGCAGCGCUUAGUGGCCCAAAAGAAACUUCCACAGAAGAUCAAGAGUCCUAAAUGCAAUUUGAAAUCUUUAACCAGCUCAAUAUUGCUUACGUGUGCACUGGAGGCUUUAAAUUUUGUGAGAGGAACUCUUAACCCUUUCCUACUAUACCAUUAUCAACACACUGUAAUUUUUCGAAUGAGCGCCUUGGUGAUUUUUCAAAAUUUUGGCUAAAAGAAUGGGCGGUAAUUGGAAAGUGGGCGCUUAAUCGAGGGGUGGCGCUUAUCAUUCUCCUAUACUGAUUCCGCCGAGUUGAAGCAUAAAGAGUGGCAUUUCAAAUAGGGUCUCGCAUGGUUAAAAUAUUAGGGACCUUAAGCAGUCAGGACGGCAACGCCAAGGAAGAUUUCGAUUAAAAAAUGAAUUUCUACUC